AUGAGUAAGAAGAAUAAAUCCCGAACUUCCUUUGGGGCUACAGCACCACCCUUCCUUGAUUACCUGAAAGAUAUUCUGCGUCGAUAUCCAGAUGGUGGACAAAUUUUGAAGGAACUGAUUCAAAACGCAGAUGAUGCCCAAGCCACGGAUGUGGUUUUCAUCCAUGAUGAGAGGAGCUACAGGACAGAAAGUCUUUGGGCUGAUGAGCUGGGAAAUUACCAAGGUCCAGCUCUUUAUGCCUACAACAAUGCAGUGUUUUCUGAUGAUGACUGGGACAGGAUUCAAAAAGUAGGAAGAAGUGGGAAGAUCAACGACCCGAACAAAAUUGGGAGGUUUGGAAUCGGUUUCAACUCUGUUUACCACAUCACAGAUGUACCAAGCAUAUUCAGCUCAGGGCACCUUGGCCUAAUGGACCCGCAAGAACAAAUAUUUGGAGAAAGAAAUGGAGGGUUUCUGUGGUCCUUGGAUGAUGAAGAACAUCAACAAUCUCUGAUGACGAUGCAUGACCAGUUCCAACCCUACAGAGACAUAGUUUCACUUCUCAGCAAACAAAGAUGGUCCCAAAUAAUUGAGAAUCAGUACUUCUCUGGGACACUUUUCAGGUUCCCAUUACGCAACAAGGCAUCAGAGAUUUCAGACAAUCUGUAUGAUUCAGAUAAGGUAGUGGAGCUUUUUGAUAGCUUCGUCGCAGAUGCAGAUUUAAGCCUCCUCUUUUUGAAAAGUGUGAGCUCGGUGUCCUUGAUCCAUGUUAGUGAGGAUGGUACUGUUAACACCAGACUUGAAGUGAAAUCCUCAGAACCAAUAGAAGGUCUUCUGAAACAAGAAGAUGACUCAGAUGUUGAAGGUUUGACAAAGUUCAGAUUGAUAACUGAAAGUUCAGAGGAGCACAAAGAAACAAAAUGGCUUGUAACAACAUGCACCAUGAAAGAGAGUAAGGUGCCAAACCUUGAUCGUCUUGCAAAAAAGUUGAGUUUUUUACCCAGAGUAGACUUGGCAUUCCCCCUUGAUGAGCAGAGAGACUGUAGUCAGGGCAGACUGAGCUGCUUUCUCCCUCUCCCAAACAAUGAAUCCAACAAGACCGGUCUCCCAGUUUAUGUUAACGCCUGCUUUGGCCUGACGGACAACAGAAGGCACAUCAAGUGGGAAGAAGAAGACCAGAAACAUGACGAGCAUGCCUUGUGGAAUGAAUUGCUGGUGAAGGAGGUGCUCCCACAAGCAUAUGUGAUGAUCAUUCAAGAUGCCAUCAAACUUUGCCAACAAACUGCUCUUCCUGUGUCUUCUGUGUACAACCUGUGGCCUGAUGUUACUCAAAUGCAGCACAAGGACAAAUGGCUCAAUGUCGCUGUGGAUGUUUUUCAUCACUUACUCAAUCAGAACAUGGCUGUUCUCUCUCUUGCCAGAGAUGAAACACAUUUUAUCCCUCUAUCAGAGGCUGUGAUGCCUUGUAAAGGUCCAACAAACAUGGAGACACUGUCUGCCAUUGAAAGGUUUUUGGUUUCCUGUGGGGAGAAUCUUGUGAGUUUACCAGCUAAGGCAGUGAGGGCCAUUGAGGCCUAUCCACACAGUAACCCAAAGUGUGUGACUCCCAGCUUCCUCAGAAAGGUUCUCCACAGGUCUGGUGUUCAUAACAUCAGUAAGGAAGACAAACUCUGUGUUUUGGAGUACAUACUGAGUGAUGGAAAAUACAGGGAACUGGAGGGCCUUCAGCUACUUCCACUCAGUGAUGGAUCUUUCAGAUCUUUUACAAACAAAGAGGAGGACACUGCUUUGAUUGACAACAAGGAAUUUCCAAGAAUGCUACUGCCAAAUUGUAAAAAUCUCUUCAUCCCCAACAAUCUCAGUUCCACCUGCAGAACCCACCUGAAAGAACUGGCUAAACUUGAGAAAUUCAGAGUCAUCAACAUGGAUAAAAACCAUGUAGUGCAAUAUACAAGAAAACAUCUGCCACUAGACUGGAAGCAGACAGAGAAAAGAUGUGUUACUUGGGACACCAGCAACAGUCACCAUCCACCUUUAGAUUGGCUCCACGAAUUCUGGAGGUUUCUCAACUCUCACUACAUUGAGUUAAGUUGUUUUAAAGAAAUACCCCUGAUACCUGUCAGUCCCCUCUCUGUCAGUCAUCCUGUUUCACUUGCAAAACUACAACAGAAGACAACCCUCAUUUUUCAGAAACGAGGAGAGAGCAGUUUGCCCAACCAAAUAGCUCAGCUGGUGACCAAAGCUGGCGGCACAGUGGUGAGAGGAAAUGAGUGGCUUAAGCACGAAGACCUUGAAACCUAUGUCUUAAACCCAUCUCCAAGGAGUGUCAUGAAGGUGUUGUUGAAUUUAAACUCCCAGAAAAUCAUCAGAGACAUGAAGUCUGAGUCUCAAACAGCAAGAGAAGAACUGAAAGACUAUCUGUCCCAUCUAAGUUCUCUUUCGGGUCAAGAGAAAGAUUUGCUAAUAACACUGCCUCUAUUUCAAACUAUGAAAGGAUCUUGGGUCGCAGCUCAGUCAAAACAAGCUUUGGUUCUAACAUCUGGUCCAGAUAUACCCUCGGAGCUGCCUGUGCCCGAUUCAGUUAUCCAGAGUGCAACUGAGGCUGAUCGCAGACUGUUACAGCUGCUGAAAGUGAAUCUCUUAGGCCCAGCUGAAGUAGGCAUUAUCCUGAUUGACAGCAUCAAGAACGGUACCUGCAGCAAUCAAGAAACCAAGAACAUAAUGACAUGGAUUUUGCAGCAUGGUGACAUCCUUUUCUCUCAAAACCAGUUCCUCAAAUACAAGUGUAAGGAAUUGAGAUUCAUUGAUGGAAAGAAAAAGGCUUCAGACUUUUUUGAUCCAAGAAUUAAAACCUUUAAAAUGAUCUUGGAGUCAGACUUCUUCCCCCCAUCUGUAUACACAGAAACACCACAGAUGCUGCAAAGCCUCACCCAUCUUGGAUUGAUAAACAAAGAGUCAGAUUUGACACCUGAGCAUUUGUUGCAUGUGACCACUAUGAUUGAAAAACAAAAAGAGAACUCUGAAACUGAGGCCCUUAAAAGAGGUCAGGUCAUCUUGGAAAUGUUGGAUGGCUAUGAUCUACUGUCAAAGUUUUCAAAUGCACAACUUCAUUAUCUUAAGAUAACUAGAUGGGUCCCAUAUGAUCAGCCCUGUACUGAAAGACAACAUCUAUCUGACAGAUCUACAAAAAGCCGUUUCUACAGCCCAGAGGAAAUGAGACACACUGUCUAUGAAGACAUUGUUGGAGAGGUGAUGCCUCUGAUGGGAAGGCUCAGUGACAGAGUUAACACCAAGCUCGGCCUAAAACAUCUGCCUCCACCAGAGAAAGUGAUUGAGAAGCUGUCACUGCUCAAAUCAACCAUACAGGACAUGGAUGAUCCUGAUACCAAUGUGGAUUUUAAAAGAAAACUACAUAGCAUUUACAGCCACAUGCAGCAAAACAUCUCUGCAUUUGCAGAGUUGAUGGACAUAGAGCCAGACUGGCUGUGGGCCCAUGACCAGUUUGUUUCCCCUCGUGACUUGGUUCUUAACUACCCUCAGGAUCUGGAUCUGAGCUCCUACAUCAGGAAAGUGCCAAAUGAAUUUUUGCCGUACAAGAAGCUGCAUCAGAAGUUUGGUCUGAGAACUUCACUUUCAAAUGAAGACAUAGUUGGUAUUCUUCAUUCUAUCAAGCAAAACAUUGAAGCAAGACAACACCCAUUUGCAAGUUCGGCUGAGGUAAAAGUGUCCAUUGAGAUUCUCAACUGGUUGUGGAAAACGAAGCAAACAGUUCAGGGUGACAUCCCAGUGCCAGUCAUUACAGAAGAUGAACAGUUUACCCUUAAACCAAAAUCAGAAGCCCUCCUCUGCGAUGUAAGUAGAAAUAAAGUGAAAGAACUUCAAUUCAGCGAGGAGGAAAUAUAUCUUCUACAUGAAGAAAUCCCAAUUGCAACAGCUGAAUGGUUUAAAAUAAGAUUUCUCAGUAACUACAUCCUUGCUCCAGAGUUGAUUGGCAUUGAACAGUGUGGACAAUCUGAGCCAAUAACUACGAGGAUUAAAAACAUCCUUAAAGAGUAUGAUGAAGAAGGCGACAUCUUCAAAGAGCUCAUUCAGAAUGCAGAGGAUGCUGGAGCUGAUGCCUGUAAAUUCUUGGUGGAUUUCAGAGAACAUAAAGAUCCUCCUGAAAAUCUCAUUGAUCCAGACAUGGCCCUUUGCCAGGGACCAUGUCUUUGGGCCUUUAACAAUAAGCAGUUUACUGAGGACGAUUGGAAAAAUAUUGUGAGAGUUGGCUCAGCCUCAAAGCAAGAUGAUUUGGAAAAGAUUGGAAAGUUUGGACUUGGAUUCAAUACUGUUUAUCACGUGACAGAUAUUCCCUCCAUCCUGAGUGGUAAUAAACUUCUCAUACUUGAUCCAAAUGUGACUCACCUGAGAAAGCACAUCCAGCAGAGUACAAACCCUGGAAUCAAACUGGAUCUCUCUCAAAAGAGACUUUUCCAUUGCUUUCCUGGUCUCUUUGAACCAUAUGAAAGUAUUUUUGACUGUAACUUCUCCCAGAAAUGUCCUCCAGAACCUUAUAAUGGCACUCUAAUCAAACUACCUUUCCGAAAUGAAGAAGAGGCUCUAAAGUCAGACAUAAGCAAAAAGGUAUAUCACAAACAAGAUAUCAUUGGCUUAUAUCAAAACUUUACAAAAGAAUCAUUAACUAUCCUGCUUUUCCUCAAGAACAUUAAUGCACUGUCCCUGCAAAGUAUCAUUAAUACCAUACCAACAGUACUAGAUGGGGUAGAAACCAUCCUUUCUGUAUCAAAAACAGGGGUGAACAUACCGAUUGAAAAUGAAGCUACAUUGUCUAAACAAUGUCAAGCUGAGACAUCUCUGUUGAAACAUGAUUCCCAAUGCGUAACGAUGAUUGACAGUCGCACAGUCCGUAUUGUCCAGAUAACUAGCCAGCAUUCUGGUGAAACUGAACAACAGUAUUGGCUCAUUUACAAUUGCUUUGGCACAAGUCAGUCUUUGGAUAUGGUUCUUGAGGCAAAGGAGAAAGCUACAUACUCUUUGCCCAUUGGAGGCGUUGCUGUGCCUUUGCAACAAGAUACAGAAACUGGAAUAUUAUAUCCUCUACAAACUGAUCUUGUGGGACAGGCAUUUUGCUUCCUUCCUCUUCCCAUUCAAACUGGUCUUCCAGUAAAUAUAAAUGGUACAUUUGCUGUGAUGAGCAACAGAAAAUGUCUGUGGGAAAGUGGAGUAAAACAUGAAUGGAACAAGGCACUUCAAGUUGAUCCUCUGGUGACUGCAUAUGUUACUGCACUUUCGGCAUUGAAGAAAAUGUCUGAAAAAAAGCAACUUGAAGCCUACUGUUAUCAUACCUUUUGGCCUGAGAGAGAGAAAGUGAGUGAUACUUUUAAGCCUUUGGUGGAUGAAUUUUACUCUAACCUCGCUCAACCCUCCAGUGGUCCGGAGCUUUUUUUUAAUGGAGAACACUGGUGCUCUAUGAACAAUGCCAUCUUUCUACACCAGAGCAUUGAGCAAAAUGACAAAAUCAGUGAACUUGCUGCUCAAGUGUGUAAGAAAUAUAUAAAAGCACCAAACUGUGUUGUCCCUCUUCCACUGUGGUUAAGAAAAAGUUUCAAGCAAGCUGGCCUAGAACAGGUUUUACAAAAAAGGACGUGGACCUGGAAGAAGUUCUAUCAAGAAGCAGUGUUCAAAAACCUUGGAACCAUGGACCCUAAGACCAGAGACACACUUGUGCUGCAUGCUGUUGACCUGAAUAGGAAAAAGAUUGACCAUUUACUAACAUGUUAUCCUUGCAUACCCACAACAGAUGGAAAACUCCAGUAUAUCAGUAAACUUGUCAAUCCUUCUGGAAAAGUGGCUUGUCUUUUUGAGCCAAAGGAUGGACGCUUGCUGGGUGGAACCAAACAGGACUUCUGUUCACCCAAAAGGAUUCAACGCUUGUUGGAACUUGGAAUGGCAAAUGAUCGUCUUCCAUUGGAGGACAUCACCCACAAAGCAUGCACAAUGGUGGAAACCUUCAGUCUAGACAAAAAGAAAGCAUAUGAGAAUGUAAAGUGCCUCCUUGAACUUAUGAAGGACCACUUGGAUAACAAAGAUUCUCCCCACUGGAAAACAUUGAGAAUGACUCAGUUUCUCCCAGCAUUUUCCCCCAGUGACAUAAUGAUGAAUAAAAACACAACGCUUCAAAAACCCACAGCUGUUUUCAGUGACAGAUCUUCUUUGCUUGUUAACAUGAUUCAUCCUGUGCUGGAUAACACAGGACUGAAAAUACACAACGCAGAUCCAGUCCUAGAUGGUUUAGGAGUACAAAAGAGUCCAGAGCCAGAGAUCGUCCUUCAACAGCUAGAAGAAGCCUGUAAGCAUUCAAAGUCAGCUGACGCAUCUAUGCUUCACAAAAUAGCAUAUGAGUGCUAUAAGUUUCUGGAUCAGUGGGUCAGUGGAUGUGAGAAUACCACUGUCAUUUCACAACGAGCCAAUUCAUUCCCUUUCAUCCUCAUUGGUAACACAUUUGUUAAUGUCAGCUGUGUUGCUGAAAAUGAGCAGUUUGAAGCUGAACCAUAUCUCCAUGUACUUCCACGUGCCUUCUCUAGUUUCAGGAAUCUCUGGAAGACUGUCGGUGUUGAAAAGUUUUUCACAACCACUCAGUUUAUGUCUGUGCUUCGAGAGAUUUAUUCCCAACAUGAAAACAAAGCACUGCCAAAAAAGGAGCUAUCAAUUUGCCUCACAAUUUUAACCAAAGGGAUAUUUGAGGAAAGACGAAAACCAACUGAAGACUGUUUGAUACCAAACGAACAUGGAGUUUUACAAUCCGCCAAACAACUGUUUUACAAUGACAGCCCAUGGAUGCCAGUUGCUUCGGGUAUCACACUGUGUCAUGAACAUAUCCCUCGUUCAAUGGCUUUCCACUUUGGAAUCAAAACAACCAAGCACCAUACUCUGGAAAACAUCACAGUUCAAAACUUUUCCCCCUUUUCAUUUCAUUUUGAACAGCAAGAACAACUAACUGUUCGAAUUAAAAACAUAAUUUCAGCUUAUCCAUCAAAGAAGGACAUUCUUAAAGAGCUGAUCCAGAAUGCUGAUGAUGCUGAGGCAACAGAACUUCAUUUCAUCUGGGACAAACGGCAGCAUGGCAAAGAAAAAACGUUUGGGGAACGAUGGAAUAAUCUGCAGGGUCCAGCCCUCUGUGUGUUCAACAACAAAGUGUUUUCUGAUGAUGACUUGAAAGGCAUCCAGCAGCUAGGAGAAGGAGGGAAACAAAACUUACGAGGAAAGAUAGGUAAAUAUGGAGUUGGCUUCAACUCUGUUUACCACCUGACUGACUGUCCCUCCAUUCUCACUGGAGAUAAAUUACUUUGCAUUUCUGAUCCCAAUCAAAAGUACAUUGAACAUCAUUCAGACAAACCUCGAGCGGGCAUUGGAUACAAUCUAGCUAGUGGAUUCAAGGAUAUGUGCACUGAUGUCUACACAUCAUUUCUUCCUGAGAAAUUCCCUCUUAAAGAAGGCACCAUGUUCAGAUUGCCUUUGAGGACAGAUAUGGCAGCAAGAGACUCAAAAAUAUCCCACCAGGAAGUAACUGAAGAUGACAUGAAUGAACUGAUCUCUGCACUGUCUCAAGAUCCAGAAGGACUAAUACUGUUCCUGAAAAAUAUCUGCAAGAUAAAUGUUCAUGUAAUUGAUGACAUUUCCAGAAACAUUAAGACCAUCCUUGUUGUUGAAAGAACUCUGAAACAAGAAAGCAGAGUAAAAAAGGAUGUGUUUGCUGAACAACUAAAGAAUGCACUGCAGUCUAAGAAGCCAAUAACCCCAUGCAAGACCUUUUAUGAAAUCUCAGUUUCCACCUCAGAUAAAAGACAAAGUGAAUGGAUUAUGGCUGAACAGUUUGGUUCACACAAAAGCGAUGAUGAACUAAAGCUAACUAACCAACUUCCUCAUGGAGCAAUUGCUGCACGUGUGAACACAAAGUCUCCUUAUACCAGCCUGUACAGCAGUAACGCUUUUGAAGGGGCUGUGUUCUGUUCACUUCCAUUGCCCGGAAAAACUGGACUGCCAGUCCACGUGAAUGGAAACUUUGAGGUAGAUGCAACCAGGAAAAAUCUUUGGAAAGAAGAUGGCCAAAGUGUGAAGUUAAACUGGAAUGAGAGUUUGAAACAACUAGUCAUUGCUCCACUAUAUGCAGAUCUCUUGCAUUACAUAAGAACUAAUAUUAACUUAAUGAAAGGCUUCCUUGGAAGUCUUGGACAUCAAGUCAGUGAGUCAUACUUGCGUCUUUGGCCAACUAUAUCGACAAAUGUUGGUCCAGAGUGGCAUCAAAUGAUACAGGAAGUAUACAGGUCCAUGAAAGAAAAGGGUCUUGAUGUAAUUCCUGUGCUGAAGAGCUUAACUAGUGAAACUGCAAGUCAUGAGAAGAAAAGGUACUCUCUUGACUGGUGUUCCCUUACAGAAACAGAUUCCUUAAAAGCACCUUACCUUACAGACACAGAAAAUGAAAAGAUCAAUCUCAUUUUAGAAACUCUCAGGAUGAAACUUGUUCCCGCUUUCUCAAACAUGCACAAUAUUUGGGAAAACAUGCAGUCAGCUGGGAUUAAAGUGCAAAAAGUCAGUCCUGCUUCUGUGCGUGCAUUUUUGCAAGCAAAGCCCCUUAACGAUCCAACCAAAACCGAUAUGGAUUUACCCUUGGCUGUGACUGACACUCUAAUCAGAAAUGAAAAAAGAUGCUCAGAACUGCUGGACUUUUGUUUGAAGGAUUCUGAGUUAAAGGAAAAUGAAGAGAAGGAUUUGACUUUGCUUGAUGGGCUUCCACUUCUUCUGACAAAAGAUAAGGUUUUGAGAAAGUUUAAUUCGAAAUCUCCUAAACUGAUAUCAAUUUAUGACAGGCUUUUCUUUGGCUAUGAAGAAAGAUUCGCAGAUCACACAAUCAAUGGAAAGCACCGUGUUCUGGAAACCUUUAACCUUGUCAAAAAACUGACACUUCCAAACGCUGUAGAAUACUUGAAACCAAUAAUUCAAAGACUUCUUCAAAGUUGUGCAGUUAAUCCAGACACUGGUUUGUAUCUGCCCAGUGAAGAAAUGCUGAAGUGGCUGGAAUCCCUUUGGUGGUUCAUCUUAAGUGAAAUUAAACUUGAGACAUCCAGCACUGAUGAUGAAAGUCUGACGUUAAGGGAAGUGAAAGAACUCCUCAGUGACUGCUACAUCCUACCUGUUGUGCAUUCAAGGUUAAACAACCAGCAUCUCCUGCAAACAAUAAAAGACAUGUCAAGUAUAAUCCCACAUGUCUCAGAAAAAGACAUGUCACACAUCCUCAGCAAACUUGGUUUUUUAAAUCUACAUAUUCUCUUCUUUUUAAAAAUGCACCCACAGUUUAAGCUAAUUCUACACCAGGAACUCAUGGAUGUGAAUGAUAAAAGCUCAGUGCUGGACCAAGUAUGUAAAAUCAACCAGUCUGAGUUUUCAUGCUUGUCAAUUGAUGAUAUGAAGGCAGUUCAGAACUUCCUGCAGUCAGGAGUAUCCAUGUCCAAAAACCGUCAGGAAUAUGAGAGGAAGUUUAAAUCUUUACCAAUAUUUGAAACAACACUUGGUGAACGAGUGAGGAUUGAUGGACAUAAGGAAGUGUUUGUUCUUAACAGUAAACAUUCAGAGACAUUUCCACAUUUGUUCACCCUCUGCAACAGCAACAACACUUUCCUGAAAUUCAACUCAGAAAAUAUGGGUCUGUCAGAGAUGCUGAAGAUUAAAAUCCUGGAUGAUCUUGAGUAUUUUAUGAAGUUCAUUCUACCAUUUGUACAAAGACUCCGCGAGAAAGAUACUCUUGACUGCUUAAAGUUGUUAUUGUUAAUGGAUUUUGAGUCUUCCAAGUACAAGGACGAGAUCAUCUCCUCACUGAAGUCCGUAAAGCUUAUUUCCAGCUCUCAAGGUCGACUAGAGACUGCCUCAUACUACUAUGAUGACAGUGUUGAGCUUUAUGAGAAAAUGGCUCCCCAAGAAAAAUUUGUGCCAAAUAAAUUCUGGACAUACUUCAGUGGGGAAGAUGAAUAUCAAACAGAAAAACUAAGACAGCUGGUCAGAGAUCUUGGAAUGAAACACAAGGUGACCAAUGAUGACAUAAUCAGCUUCGCAUACCAACUGGAAUCAGAAGCAAAAGAAACCAGAAACAUUAAAAAGUUGAAACAGAACUCAAAGUUCCUUUUCAGGGAAGCCUUGACUAAAGUGAGCAAAGACAAAGAUGAAAGGUUGCUGAGGAGCAUUGCUGACAUCAAGUUCAUUUAUCCAGUUAAGAUUCGAGAAGAUCUCUGCAACUACCACCAACCAUUUGCUUCAGAGAAUACUACUGUUCAGAUCAGAGGAUCUUUGAUUGAUGGAGAUCCUAAACAUCAGGAUUUGAUUUGGUCCUCAAUGCCAAUCAUACAUUUGCCAGGUUAUAUCUCUCAAAAUAUGCCACAAAAGAUGAAGAAUGCAGGAGUUCACCAACAACCACCUUCACAGUAUGUGACCAGAAACAUGGGAAACAUCUGUCAGUCACCAUGUAAAAGUGAGCCGUUGAUCAAAACACGUGCAGAUGUGUUUCGACGUGCGUAUGCCUACCUGCAAGCCAAUGACUUUGAUGGACACUCAUUGUAUGGCCUUCCUGUUGUCUUAGUUGAAAAAGACACUGUGCUUUUUAAAGCUGAUGGUGUUUGUCUCUCACAGAAUCAUGAUCUUGACUUCAGACCAUACUUGUACACAAUUUCUUCACGAGAUGCAAUGUAUGCAGAGUUCUUUAAGAAAGUUGGUGUGAAGGAGAAAGCCACUGCAGAGCAGUACUGUAAUGUUCUAGCAGCUAUUCAUGCUGAUUCCUGUGAUAAACAAAAGCUAAAUGCAAACCAGCUGAUCACGGUAAAACGAGCAGUUCAGCACUUGUUUCUCUUGAUGAAAAAUCAAGGAAACCAAAUUCUCAGUGGUGAUGUUAAGACUUUGUAUCUUCCUGCAGUCGAUGGAAAAUUGCACACAUCAAGUUCACUCUACUACAACGACACAGUGUUUGAGAUCAAACGGUUGGAAGAAGGAUUGGAGGAUAGGUUCCUGUUGCUGGAGAAACUCAGUUCAUGUCACCUGGGGAGAGACAUCUUUGAACACCAUCGACUGGUGAAGAUGUUACCUGAGAAACUUAAGCCUAAAAUGUUGUCCCAGAUUACUGAGGAGAAAGUUGUGGAGUCAAACAUGCAGCUUUGUGAGCUUGGGAACAGUUGUGAGUUCAGUGGUUGGUUUGAUAAACAUCUCUCCUCAGAAGCAUUCAAACAUGGACUCAUUUGUCUCCUCAGAGAACAGACCGAGGGUAAAAUAACACAAGAAAAGGCGACAGAGUUGUGCUUGAAGUUGUUUGGCAGUAUUCAGAUUGUCUGCUGUGAAUCCCUGAAAACGAUGCUGUGGCUGGAUGGAGAUCCGCUACACAAAACUGCCAGAGAAACUGAAGUUUUUGUCAAACAACAACAACAUGGUUUCACCUUGUUUUUGAAACACAACAAUGACAUAGCUCCUAAAGCAAUUAAUGAAGUUAAUAUGACUUUGAUAAAGGAGAUUAAUGCUCUUUUAGGCCACAAAAUUGCAUCAGUUCAUCUGCCAGUGCUUGGACAACUCCUAAUGUGUGACAGUCUGCAAGAUGUUCAAAAAACUCUGGCUAAGAAUGAGAUCCGUGACAGUUCUUUAGCUGAAAUACAAACUCUCAAUCCACCAGACCCAGGGACAGAUAUUCCAGAUGAAUGGCAUGAUUCAUUGGACAUGAGCUUCCUGAACAACUUUGAAGAGGGGGAAUAUGUCGGAUACAGCACCAACAACACAUACAUUUAUGCAGUUAUCAUCAAAGAGCUUCCUGGACAAUCUGGAAGAUGUUCCUGGAAAUACAAGAUAGAUAUUGGAGGUGAUGAACCAGUGGAAGUUGGUCAUCUUGACCUGUACCAAUUUAAACGAGACAAGAAGAUAAAAAGAGAAGGGAUAAGAAAUACGUUUUCAAUGGAGCUGGAGGUACUGGUAGGAGGUGUGCCUCAUUCCUCACAGCCCACACAAAGUUCCUUACCAGCCUCUCUUGAUGAAGCUAAAAGGGAAAUUGACAAAUGUUUGGCUGAGAUCUGGAUACUUCCUGAGCAGGAGAGAAAAAAGGCCAUCAAGAGACUUUACCUUAGAUGGCAUCCUGACAAAAAUCUUGACUGCCAUUCAGUCGCCACAGAAGCAUUCAAGUAUUUGCAGCAUAAAAUUGAUGAGCUCAGUAAGGGCAAGGUGAUUACAGCGUGCACAUCAAAUACCAGCAGAACUACAAAUUACAGAGACUUCUACCAGCAAUGGGACCAAGAGGCUCAACAUCACAGAAGUGGUCGAGAAAGAUUCUCUAGAUCUAGAGGCUCCCAUUCCUACAACUUUUGGACCCAUAACACAAACGUUCCAAGGCCAAACAGAGAGGAAGCCAGACGCUGGUAUAAACAGGCUCGCUGUGAUCUUAACGCCGCUCAUGCAGACACAAGUGAAGGCAGGACAGAGUGGUGUCUCUUUAAAGUCCAUCAGGCCGUGGAGAAAGCUCUCAUUGCAGCAGAAUACAAACAUAGUGGUAAACACACCGCCGGCAGCUCAAUUUCAGCCACAGCAGCAAAAGUUUCCUGCUACCACCGUCAACUCAGGGACCUGCCUCAGAUUGUGGACGAACUGACGUCACUGGGAGUGGACGCCAAAAAGACUCAAUAUCCCAACUGUCAUCCAUAUCCCCACAUUCCUAAUGAGCGGUUCAGGUCUGCAAAUGGAGUACUAGCAGUGAACAAGGCCUCUGAGUUACUCGACAAAGUAGACGCAUAUGUAAAUUAAAUUAUGACAACAUCAGUAUGAGCUAACUUUCUGUUGUGUUUGACAAAAAGUUUAAGAAACUUAUGAUUUUAAAAUGUCAUAUUUUCUAUUGGUCAAAUAAUCACUCUUCAUGGAGUCCAAAAACAGCCAGAAUAAUCAAUCAUAUGAUUAAAAAACUACAAUCUCAAAGGGGUUCACUUCUCAUCUAAAAUCUUUGUGUAUUUGUGAUGAAAACAGGAGAUAUCGCAGCAUGUUUUGUCAUUUAGAAUCCGAAUACAGCUUCUAAAUGAGGAGCAGAGUAAAAGUUGUAUACUUUGAUGUAUAUUUUUUAUGCAUAUAAAGAUUUUCAAAAUUAUUCUAGUAACUCUGUAAUGUAAAUUUAAAUAUGAAUAUUUGACCAUUACUGUUGUUUAUUACUCUUUACAAAUAAUUAUGUUGUUAUGUUAAGUAUGAAGCAAAUAUUGAAAAGGUUUGAGGCUUUAUUCGUCAAUUUGAUUUCCCACUUUGAACAUUUAUAUAGACUUAGCUUUUCAUCUUACGUUAUUAUAUUUUUAUUAAGUCAAGUUCCAUGGAAAGUUUAUUACUUCAGCUUAUUUUAAUUGUGUAGUUUAACUAUUAUUUUGAAUAUCAAAGAUUGAAUAUGUUUUGGGUAUUUUCUAUUAUAGUUUGAUCACUAUGUAAACACUGUUUUUGUUUCUAUCUUUUGAGACUCCUUUAAACCUUUUUUAAUCUUACAAAUAGAUAUUUUUUUGUUUUCUUUACUAUAGUAACCAUGCAGCGCAGUCUAUUUGCAGAAGGAUGGCAUGAUUGAUGACUUUGUUGUCAAAUGUUCAACCUUGAUUAUUGAAUGUACAAGAUGAUAAAGGUUUCUUUUAAUUUUUUUUAGGGGAAAAGCUUAAAAAUGGCAACUACCCUUUUACCAUUUUAUUAAAAUAUAAGUACAUAGCAACCAUUGCAGUCUAAUGAAAUAUACUUAUUUUCUAUGUUAUUGUAUUUUGUUUGAUUUUUAUUAUUGAAUUAGGUAAAAAUGUAGGAGUUACAAAGUAAUGGUGUUUAGACUCCAUCUAGUAGUAAUGACUUAAAUGUAUUAAAAUAAAUGCUUUUUUUUCUCAUAUGAUUAAUUUCUUAGAUCUGGUUUCCUUUUAACACUACUUUAGAAAGAUAAGCUCAAGGCACCACUGUUACUGUUGCGUAUUUUGUUAUCUUACAACUAUAUUCGAUGCUAUAAUACCUUCAACAGACAGAUAUAAUUGAUGAGUUUGGUAUAACAACAAUUCAAAAGUAUUUCAAGGUUUUGACAACAGAAUAUUCGGCAAAAAUUACAGUUAUUACGAUGCUGAUUUAAAGGAUGGUAAAAAUUUAUUUUGUACUUUAGUUGUUUAGAUAUCCAGUCUGAUCUGUAUUUGAAAUAACAGAGCAAACUUAAUUUGGAGUUCACUGCCCUGUGCUUGCAAUUAAAGAUGGGUAUUUUCUCUUGAAAAAAUAAAAAGAUGUCACCAUCUUAAUGCAAUAUUUUACUAAAACGAUUAGUUAGAUAUUCCGUUGGAAUGUGAUGUGUAAAUUAUUGUAGAUCCAAAACAAAGAGCUUUGGACAUUUGCCUUAUUCAAAAUGGUCAUCCAGUUUGCAGAUUCUUCUGGGCUGAAAUUUGAUUAUUCUUUAUAUUUUCUUUCUCUAUUCUUAGCAAUGAGCACAACACUUAAGUCACUCUUAGAAAAAACUAUAAUUAUGCUGAUUUUAUUUAAUUAAUUAUUGCAUUAAUUAAAAGUCAUUGAUAAAGAAGUAUUUCUAUUUACUCUGAAAUUAAUGGAAAUGCAAAAAAAGUAUGGUCAUUAAAAGAUAAAUACUUUGUAUUGUGCCUAACAUUUUCAAAUGUAAGAUGUUAACAUGUCUGUAAUCAUUAUGUCACAUUUG